AUGGCAUCUUCGUCAGCGGCAGGGGCGCUAAAUGCAAGCAACCUCCAGCAAUUAAAAGAAUACGCUAUCACUUUCUCUGGGUACGGGUUGAAGCACAGAGUUGACAAAAGAAAGGAAUACCAGUACAUCCUGACACAUCCUGUCUCUACCAUCACAGUCGAGAAAGCACAGAAGGGAUUGAUUGGUUCCGAAACUGAAUUGAAAUCGAGCCCCUCGAUCCUGUCCAUAUUAGCGAACCAGAGAGAACAAGAGCUUCCGUCAGAUGAUAGGACAAUCUGCGCCUUAGUCGUAGGCUUGUAUCUUCCAGACACAGGCGCAUUUGACAUCACCAAGGCCCCGAUAAUCAAGACUGACAAAGGAACUAACAAGGGGAUGCCAGUAGGCAAAGAGAUACCAAUCUGUCCGGAGGAAUUUGAUCAUAGUCCUGUAUUCAGGGUUGUGGUGAAGGUUGUCGAGGAGAUACCAGAAGAAGGCGCAAGGCUUUAUGUCUUGCUGGGAGAGAAAGAUGGACUGUCCAUACCAUACAAGGUGGCUCAGAAUUAA